AUGUCUCAACAAGGUAGCCGCAACACCACACCUUCACCGGGUCUAUCGAUGAUCGACUAUACUGAGAAUUAUCCACUACACUUCAUUCCUGUCCGUCCGGUCACUCCGCGCUUUGAAGGAAGCCACUGUAAAAAUUGUAUUCAAUACAUGGAGCACAUCAAGCAGUUGCAGCAACACAUUGACCGUGUACACGAGGAAAACCGACGCCUCAAUUCCAACAACCGCACGAUCCGCGAAACCUAUGGACGCUACUAUAGCCGAGCUGAGCACGAAGAGGAAUAUGUCUCCAAUCUGCUUCUGAAGCGUAUUCAGAAACUGAAGGAAGAGAAGGAAGUGAUUGCCCAGAAAUAUGAGCAGGAAGAAGAGCACAUCGCCAUCAAUUUGAUGAAGCGCAUGCGUGAGGUGCAAGCUGAGCGUGACAAUGUCAAGAAGGAGAUGAAGAAGGAACAAACUGAACAAAUGGACGCAAUGAUGAAGAAUAUACGCAAGACUGAGACAGAGUUGGAGGAGACCCGCAAGGUUCUUGAUCGUAUGCGACGAGAGAAGAUCGACCAGGAAAACGCUUUGGAAACUGAGCAAGAAAUGUUGUACAAUACGCUUGGGAAACAGUUGGAUCAGCUCAACACCGAUAAGAAAGGCUACGUUGAUAAUGAGGAUAACAUUGAUGUUCGUGGAGGCCCUAGCGGCGUUCCCUCUCCUAUUCCGGCUGUCGUUGCCGAAGAAGUGCGUCCUCCAUCCACAUUCACUGCCGAGGCCCAUCAGGCAGAAAUGAGUAAACUCGUGAUGGUGGCCAGUGAACGUAUCCGGGCUCUUGAAGAGACCAUCGCUAGUUUGACGAAGGAAAAGGAAGCAUUUUGCGGCUACAUGGAUGAAAUGCGCCGUUCCUUCAGUGACCGCUUCGAUGGUUGCUUGACGCCCAGUGGUUCGAGCAAUUAUGUGAUGGAAAGCAACGAUGUGAGGGAAUACUCGAUGGGCCCACCUUCAGUCCCUCCUACUCCACGUCCGGCUAUUGACUCCGUUUCGGACAUGGACGAUGCCUCUUCGCGUGGCUCCCAUCGUGAUGAU